UCCUUCCAAUAGCUUUGAUGAGGUUUCGUGACAGCCAUUGUAUUCGCGACAGCCAUUGCAUUCGCGACAGCCAUUCCAUUCGCGACAGCCAUAGCAGUCGUUUUGCUUGUGAAGCAGCGCUCGAUGCAUAAGAGCGUUUGCAGCUUAUGCACUACCUCUACCCGUUUGCUCGAAAGGCCUUGGAGCCUAUUCUCGUUUCUUGCCCGUUGUGCCAUCAGCUCAACAACAUAUCGUACCCUUAGCUGACAGGAAUUGACUGCAAUUGACUGAAAUUGAUUCUAGAUUGUUCUCCUCCCGCAAUCGCCGAUGUUACCCGCGUCGAUGCCCCUCGGCUGGCAUGGCCAGCCACCGCAGCAGUAUCGACACGCAGUCGCAUGCGUUUCGCGACUGCUUCUCCCGUACGUCGCUCGCAGCGUGCGACGCUCCGAGUCGCAUGGCGCCAGCGAUUCCUUCUUCGCAGAGCAAAGCAUCUCCCGGACGCGAAGCCUUUCUGCUGCUGUCGAUCGCGCAUCCUAUCGCGAAACCGAUCACGAAGACCUCGGCGAAACCUAUUUCAGAGAGCAACGAUCCGAUCCAGCUGUUACAUGCGACAUUCCGCUUCCUGUCGCAUCGGACCGAAUCGACGCGCUGCCGCCGUACGGCGGCGAUGCCAGCGUGGCAUGCCGCGACGUCGCUCAUGAAUGUCGGAACAAUAGUCCACUAAUCCAUAGAUCACAGGGCCUCGGGCUGAUUAUGGCUCAUUCCAUGCGGACCUUUGGACCCUCAUCGUUCGCCCUGCAUGCGCCGACUUUGGAUUUCUUCCUCCCGUUCCUCCACAGCCGCUUCCAUCACUCCCUCUCAUCCCCGCAAGUUCACAACCCGCCGCUAGUACGCGACAUGACAGCCCACCAGCAGCAACGCGACAAGACGCCCCACCAGCUGCAGCACCAGCAUCAGCAGCGAUAUGCUGCGAGCCUUGCGGCUGCGCGGGCGGUUCAGGAGGAGGAAGAGGAGGAGGAGGAGGAGGAGGAAGAGGAGGAGGAAGAGGAGGAGGAGGGUGACGUGGAAGGGGAGGAAAGAGAGGAGGAGGGAAAUGCGGAGAAACGGAAGGAAAGGGCGAGCGGAGGGGAGAGCGGAGGGGAGUGCGGAGGGGAGAGGGAGCGGAGCGGGGCGGAGGAGGCGGUGGGCCAAGGGAAGCAGCAGAGUGCAGCGGAAGUGGAAAAUGCGGGCUUUAGGAAUGAAGAGUCCAGAGCUGGCUUGGCUGGGGCUGGGACUCUUUCGCGAAAUCUAGGUGAUGCUGCUGUAGCUGGAAGUCAUGUGAUGGCGAGAGCUGCUAGGGCUAAGGCUGCUAUGGCUGAGGCUGGUAUCGCUGGGAAUGAGGAGGUGACGGAUGUUUUGACAGACUCUUUUGGGCGGCAGCACAGCUACCUGCGGAUAUCGCUCACGGAGAGGUGCAACCUGCGCUGCUCCUACUGCAUGCCGGCCGAAGGGGUGGACCUCACGCCCAAAGAGAACCUUCUGUCGACGGAGGAAAUAAUCCGCCUGGCGUCUGUGUUCGUGUCUCAAGGCGUGAGUAAAAUCAGGCUGACAGGGGGCGAACCCACAGUCAGGCGAGACAUUGUGGACAUCUGCCACUCGCUCUCCGCACUGCCAGGACUUAAGAGCCUGGCCAUGACGUCCAACGGCAUUCUGCUGCCAGCCAAGAUGCCGGCGCUUAAAGCAGCGGGCGUCUCUCACCUAAACGUCAGCCUGGACACGCUCGUGGAGCCCAAGUUCGAGCUGCUCACACGGAGAAAGGGGCACGCGCGCGUUUUGAAGGCCAUUGACAUGGCACUAGACCUGGGGUUCAAACCGCUGAAGCUCAACUGUGUGGUGAUGCGCGGUGUGAACGACGACGAGAUUCUGGACUUUGUGGCGCUCACGAGGGACCGCCCCAUCAACGUGCGAUUCAUCGAGUUCAUGCCCUUUGACGGCAAUGUGUGGAAGACCAAGAAGAUGGUGUCAUAUGCCGAGAUGAUGGCGCGCAUUAAGCAGCAGCAUCCCAACAUAGCUCGCCUCCAGGACCACCCAUCGGACACGGCGAAGAACUUUCAGGUGCCCGGGUUUGCGGGCAGCGUGUCGGUGAUCUCGUCCAUGACGUCGCACUUCUGCUCCGGUUGCACUCGCCUGCGCCUCCUGGCUGAUGGGAAUCUCAAAGUGUGCCUCUUCGGGCCCAAUGAGGUGAGUCUGAAGGAUGCGCUGAGGCAGGGAGCAACACAGGAGGAGCUCCUCUCCCUCAUCUCUGCUGCGGUCAAGCGGAAGAAAGCUGCUCAUGCGGGCAUGCUGGAGAUUGCGCGAACACACAAUAGACCCAUGAUCACCAUUGGCGGUUGAUGCGAGAUUGCAUGAUGGAUCAUUAUUGAGGUGAAUGAAGAAACACAUGCAAAUAAGGGAAGUCCCCUUUUUUAUGAGCAUUUUGAAAGAGUUGUGUUGGGCUGAGAAAAGCCCUUAGGAUCUUUUGCAGAGACUAAGUCCCAGCUUGUAGAGACUUGAGACUUGGAGUAGUGCAGCGGAAGUUGAGACGGUU